AUGAGCUGGAGAUAUUCAACCUCAGGAUACAAUAUGCCCGGAAAAUACAUUGAGAAAUACAACCAGGUCCCGGUGACCAAGGAGAAGCGUAAGAGAGCAGAACUCCCAAGACUGUACCUGGCUAAUAUGCCCUUAGUGGACUGGGCCGAGUUGAUUACACUGGAUCUCAGUCAAUAUGAGCAGCCUGGUGGGAAAGAAUCUCUAGUCAAGCAGUUGGACCAUGCUGUCCGCAAUGUUGGCUUCUUCUAUGUUAAGAACUUCAACAUCAGCCAAGAAGAGAUCGACAACCAAUUCGCCCUUGGCCGCGAGUUCUAUGCGCUGCCUCUCGAAGAGAAGCUCAAGUUCCACAGCGCCAGUGAUCUUGCACGAGGAGAGUACAACUCCUACCGCCCUGCCGGACAUCGAAUUCUUGGCAAUGGGAUCAAGGACAAUGUCCAAGUGUAUAAUCUUCCCAAGUUCGACGGUCACCACGAACGACCUCAGCCCUCAGUGAUCGCCGACAACAUCAAAGAAAUCGAAGCUUUCAGCCGGAAAUGCCACACCGAAGUUGUCGAGAAGCUCCUCCGCCUCUUCGCCAUCCUGCUGGAGCUUCCCGACGAAGACCAACUCGUCCGCGACCACCAAUACGAUGUCAAGGGCGAAGACCACCUGCGGUACAUGCAUUAUGCCGCCCGCAGCCCCGAAGAGAACAAGAAGGUCGGCGAGCUCUACAGCCCCGGGCACACAGACCUGGGCACCGUAACCCUCCUCUUCCGCCAGCCUGUAGCGGCUCUCCAGAUCCUCAAUUCCGAGGGGAACUGGAAAUGGGUGCAGCCCCAAGAUGGCACGAUUACAAUCAACACCUGUGAUGCGCUGACGGCCCUCACGGGCGGGCUGAUCAAGUCGAGUAUCCAUCGGGUGCAUGCGCCACCUGCCGAUCAGGCUCAUAUUGACCGGUUGGGCGUCCUUUACUUUGCUCGGCCGAACAACCAUGUCGUCCUUGAUCCCAUUGCCAAUAGUCCUGUUCUCCAACGACUGGGACUCACGACUAAUGCCUUUACGGAGCUGGGGCAACAUCUCACCACGGAGGAGUGGGUUAAGGUACGGCAGACACAGCAGCAACGGAAGAAUAAGGAUGUGCAGAUUUCGACGGAGGGGAAGUAUACCUACAAGCCGAAGGAUCUGGAGAUUCUGCCUGGGCUGCAGGCUGCGAUCUAUAACUAG